AUGGAUUUGUACACAUCAUCGAAUCUGGACGGGUUAACCCACUACUGCUCUCCUUCCUCCUCCGCUACUCUCUCUUUAAUGAAACAAGAUAUCCGUGCCCAGCUUGUUACAUCUGGACCGAAAGAUUAUAUGGAAAAACGACCGAACUGUCUAGUGAUGAGUGUGACGACGAAUUAUCCCGGGCACUCAUCCAUUCAAGCAAAUAACAGCAUCAUCUCAUCAUCGAUCGCUUUCAGCACACCCGAAAUUGUUCCACCACUAUCAUCCUCUCUUUUUCCACAACCUCCAUCUUCUGCUGAUGAUGCCCAUUGCUUUCCAGCAACAAAAAGGUUGUAUUACAUG